ACACUGGUCGUGUUUGACCACCUUCAGCCUCCACACUGCUGGAGAAAUCAAGGGGAACUGAUGAGAAAUGCUAAAAGCCAAACAAGUAUUUAAAAAGUAGACACUGGACAGAAACAGACUUUAGUCUUUGCUGCUUUUGGCUGGUUCUUCUGUUUGCUGCGGUUCAUCUGUCAGUGUGGCAGCAGAAGCUUUACCCUCCAGAAGCUCCAUCAGACACUCAAAGUAUGUCUGGGAUUCUUGUUCUUCCUCGCAUGUCCUUCUUGCUGCUUUGCAUUAUGGGUAUGAUCUCAAUGAUGUCUGGCUUUCCUCAGACUCGUCUGCCUCUCAGAAGUUCUGAGGAUCCAGAGAAUCCAAAACAGGAUGAAUGGGACGUUGUCUUCCCUUCCAUUUCCCUCCAUGACUGGAAUAUUCAAAUGUUGUCGCCGCCGAGCCUCAGAGCGGCAGCCAGUAAGACGGGCCUUUUGAGGGAGGCGUGGCUUUUCACUCCAGAGAGGACAGACUCCAGCAUGGAGGGGAUGUGGCCGGCGGAAUGGACGUCUGAAGGCGCCCGGCUGCUGAAGAGGAACAUGGUGGUGGCUGAUGAUGCCGCCUUCAGAGAGAAGAGCAAACUCCUCACAGCCAUGGAGAGACAGAAGUGGCUCAACUCCUACAUGCAAAAACUUUUGGUGGUUAAUUCUUAAUGACAAUUUUAAAGCUAUUUCUUUUUAAAACUAGUUGCUGAAGACUUCACUGGAAAAACCUUUAAAGGACUAUUCAGACUGUCUGGAAUCAAACCGUUUCAUUCUCCUUAGAAGCUGUUUACAUGAACAGACAUGUUGAAUGCACACUGAUAAAGAGGCUUCUUGUCUUUAAGAAAACAAUGUUUGCUAUUCUUGUUAAUAAAUUAUUGUGUGCAAUAAU